CGCCGCCUCCUCCCUCCCGCCCUGGUGCUCCCCGGCCGCCGCGCUGGCCGUCAUCGAGGCAGCUUCGUCCACAUGCUUCGUCCACAUGCUCCGGCAUCGAGGAACCGAAAGGUUGUUGUGGACGCUUUUACUGGCGUCCAUUAUCAGCGCAGGCGCAAGAAGCAACAGGCGGCUGGAUCAGGAGUCAGUUGUAAGUGCUUUGCUAUAUAAGCAGCACAAACAAGUUUGUUGAGGUUAAGCAAAGAGAUAAUUCAAGCCACAUAAUCAGGUUGUUCAGAGCCUCCGCAAGGAGGGCGAACACGCCUCCAUUAUCUCUCUGCAAUCCCAACUUACCACAACAAGGUGAACACUAUCAACCCAGCUAAGAAAGGUCUGUCAUUUGUCUUCCUUGAUUCUGUGAGCUUGAAGUCUUGCCUCCCCUGUAAAGUUUGAAAACCAGCCCCGGACUGUUGGUCUUUUCCCUUCAAAGAUUAGAUUGUUUCUUUGCUUCCAUAUGUGCCUGGUGGCUAUUAUGAAUGCUUCCAUGAAGAACCAGUGCUGAAAGUCCUGUUUAGCUUUCUUCAUCAUUGGUCCUCCAGUGCAUGUACUAAUUAUCCUCUUGAAAUGGCCCAAAUGCCAUGUUAGAGUAUAUUUGGUAGUAUGGGAAAUAUAUCGGGGAGUUGUCUUGCAAGUCUUGUACUUUAUAUAUUCGUCUUCGAGGCUCAAUGCAAAUCUUCCCACACAAUCUGUCCUUCCUACAAGCGCUCUGGUUUAACUCACUGGGCCAACUCAUGUGCAUGCAUGCUCAUGUAAAGCACAGGGGCAUUUUUAACCAAAAACACAAAAUUUACACUGGGAAUCAAAGCACGCCUAACCAUUCUGGAUAACUCAAGCAGAAAAUAUGACCAACAUAAGUGGACAGAGCGAGUAUAAACUAAGAAGACAAUUUUUUUACCUGAAAAAUUUGCGGGGUGCAUAACUUACACAAAGACAAUAAAUUGAGCAUAUGUCUUCAUUAUUUUUGUUCUUUACUUGAAGCAUAUGUCCCCAUUUCAAAUCAUUAUAGUUUGCAUCUUUCUUUCAUUUUCUCUUUGGCUUUAUCAGGUUCCCGUUGUGACUGCUACAGUCCCAGUCGACCCUAGUUGUCAGUAUGAAGUAGGUUCCUUUCCACAUUUCAGUGGGUUGGCUGACUCUAUUAUGAUAAUGAAUAGAAUUAAUGCCCCCAAAGUUAUAGAAUGUUUUGGCUCAGACGGUAACAAAUACCGUCAACUUGCAAAAUCUGGAAAUGAUGACCUGCGACAGGAUGCUGUGAUGGAGCAAUUUUUCAGUUUGGUAAAUACUUUCUUGCAAAAUCACAGAGAUACUUCUCAAAGGAGAUUGAGAAUCCGUACAUAUAAGGUUGUUCCUUUUACCCCAAGUGCUGGUGUUGUUGAAUGGGUAAAUGGAACCGUUCCACUCGGUGACUAUCUAUUGGGGAGUACUAGAAUCAGUGGAGCACACGGACGAUAUGGAACUGGUGACUGGACAUAUCUUCAAUGCAGAGAGUAUUUGAUGAGUGAGAAGGACAAAAGGAGGGCAUUUCUUAAAAUCUGCAACAACUUCAGGCCUGUAAUGCACCACUUCUUUCUCGAGAGAUUCUUGCUGCCCGCUGAUUGGUUCCAAAGUAGACUUGCUUACACAAGAAGUGUGGCAGCAAGCUCAAUGGUAGGAUACAUCGUGGGACUUGGGGAUCGCCAUUCCAUGAAUAUUCUAAUUGACCAAGACACAGCCGAGGUUGUACACAUUGAUCUUGGUGUUGCAUUUGAACAGGGUCUCAUGCUUAAAACACCUGAACGGGUUCCAUUUCGACUGACAAGGGACAUUAUAGAUGGCAUGGGCGUUACUGGUGUUGAAGGUGUGUUUAGAAGAUGCUGUGAGAAAACUCUCUCAAGUCAUCUAACUCAAGGGUAG